ACCAGUUACAGAUAACGUGGGGGGAGAUUUUUUCACAAGCGCAAAAAGUAGAUUCUUUAUUUGUUGCUUUCAGUGAAUAUAUUCAAUCAUAGUUGAACUUGUUUUAUCUGAUGUUAACAAUUAUUGCAAAUAUUGGUGACAUAAACACCUCUAAAGAAUAAUCUCAAUAUAUAUUGAGGAACAUGGUACGACAGCCACAAGUGCAUUCACCAGGUCCUUCAACCAGCAGAACACCAAACAAAUCGAGACAUAGCCAAUCUUCUGCCUCUGGUUCUGCCAAGAGAAAAUCAAGUCAACCAAAGAAAAAAACUCCAGUUAGGAAGCCGAGGAAAAGACCUGGUGUACAAGUUUUGAAAGAUAUUCGCAAACUACAAUCCACUACCAACCUUUCUAUAAGAAAACUCCCUUUCAGCAGAGUGGUGCGUGAAAUACAGUACAAAAUUAACCCACGUAUCUCUGCAUGGCAAAGCUUGGCAAUCCAGGCUCUGCAUGAAGCAGCUGAAGCUUAUCUUGUCAGGUUUUUCGAGGAUUGCAACCUGGCAGCCACUUUUACAAACCGUGUUACUGUCAUGACUAAAGACGCCCAGUUUAUCAGGAAGCUGAGGCAUAGAGAUGGAACUGAAUGAGACAUUAGUUUUUAACCAACCAUCAUGGACUGCUUUUAUUCGCGUUAUUGUAAUAGUCUGUGUUUAUAUUUUAACAUAGAUAUAUUUACACACUGCCAUGUAUUGUAUCCAAAAUAAAUUGUUCACUGUUUUUUUUAGUUCGCCAAAAACAACAACUUUUUUAAACUAAAAAGGUUCUGUUUUAUUUAAACUGUUUGAUGGAAUAAUUUGGCACAGGAUUUCUGGGUUUUUUAAACUAAAUUGCAUGUAUCAAUGGACACCCGACACUCAAUGGCAAUUACCAGAAGGUAAUUCACCU